UGCAGAAGCUUUAAGAUCCAACUUGAUACAAAAUUUUAUCAGUUAUUUCUUCUGAAUAUCGUUUUGGUUCAUUUUUGGGCAUUUUUCUCUAAUUUAUAUUUUUCUUUCUUGAACACUUUACUUGGGCUAUAUGCAGACGACACUUCCCCGCGAAAACUUGCCCUGCAGACGACGUUUUGUAAACAAGAAGCUGGAUGACCAAAGAGCCGAUGUUUAAGCACCACAGAUGAAACGACUGAGAUCAUCUGUUAUGGACAUAAAGGCAUUUCUGCAGUGCAAGAAACUCCGACGCUCCCACAGACUGGAAGCAAAAGAAAAACCUGAAAUUAAGUCAGAAACAAUGUGUUCGGGUUCAUUAGGGCAUUUUGUUGUUCUUCCUUUAGAGCUGAAGUUUCUUAUUUUAAGAUACCUCACAGUGGAAGAUUUAAGUAUUUUGACAAUUACAUCAAAAGCAAUGAGAAACCUGAUAGAAGGAUACAGGGUCCUUAUGCCACUAAUUCCAAAUGUACUUCUGCAAAAGCUUCAUGUUUCCAAAAGUGCACAAGUUUCUCCUCAAGAACAACAGAAAACUUACCUGGAAAUAUUCCACAGACUAGGUCUCCUUACCAAAAGGUCAACUUGCUUGUAUGCAACAAGAGAUAGACUCAAGUUUGUCAAUGGAAUUUUGACAAAGAUGAUGUGCAAUAAUGCUGACUGUGAUAACUUGUCCCAGUGCUUGUCUUUGACUUGCUUUGGGAAAUUCCUCCACACUGUGAUAGCUGGGUGGGAUGAUUCAGAAUGUCAGAGAACUUAUGAUGCAAUCAUUCACCACACAUGUCUUCUGAAGAAUGUCAAACUUGUUAUGAGCUCCAAACCAGGUACCCAUGCACAGAUUGAGUGUGAGGUACGGAUGUUCUUAAGGAGAGUGAUACUGGACCACUGUCAGUCAGUAGUUGACAGAGCAUUUUGGUUAGGAAGAAUUCUCAAACCUUGGCCAAUGGUCCAUCAAGCCAGAAUUUUAUUCAUGUUGUAUGGCCCAGAAUCCAAUGGAGAAAUUCAGUGGUUUGAGUUCUGUGAGAACACACCUGCCAAUCCUGAACAAUCUGCCAAACAUUUUGGAGAGCUGGCAAAUGCUAUACAGAUUCUCUAUGGUUACCGUCAGGAGUGGUCAGAAGAUGACAUCAUCAGUGUCCUGGAUGAGCUAACAAGUUCUCCAGAUGAAUGGCUAGCAGAGAAUGUGGCACACAUGCUGAUCCUUUGUGGUGAUGUCAUUACCUCCAAAAUGCUCAUGAGCAAAGCCAUCAAUGGUAGAACUAUAGAACUUUCCAGCAUUACUACAUCAUUCUGUGUGGUCUGUGUAAAGAACAGUUUCAGUUUAUCCUACGUGCUUGGUAUGAUACAAAACAUCAUUGGAGCCAUGGAUAAGCCAAAAGACAGACUGCAGUACUUCAACAGUUUGAUGGAUAUGUUUCGAGAACUUAUCUUAGACAUACAUGAAUUUUCUGAUCAAGAGGAUGGUCAUGAAAAUGACAUGUACUUCAUGGUUACAGCUUUAUCUGAAUUCACCAAAAAAUUGGUCAUCUUGGCUUUCAAGAACAUGCUGACUAUCUGAUGUGCCCAAGAUUGUGUAAUAUCAAGGGAAAACUGGCUGUGCUUCAUAUUUGUGAUACCCUUUUAUCUACUGAACAAUGGGCAUCAAUUGAUUUUUUUAUCAUUAUGGAAGGACAACAUAUUAAAAGACUUUGAAAAAAUAUCAGACCCAGUAAAACAGUAAUGGAAAGAAGUUAAAAGUAUAACUGUUUUCAUGACUGUUAACUUAUUUGUUAAGCAUAUUAUGUAUUAUGUUGUUACAUAUAUUAGUAUCUGUGAUCCAACCUACGCUAUGACUCAUUAUGUUAUGCGAUUAAAGAAGUUUCCCAUCUUUUAAUAUA